AUGCACGUGCGGCAGAGCGACAAGGGCGGCGAGAUGGCGCUGCACUCGCUGGCCGCCCACAUGUGGAUGGCCUACCGCCUCCGCCUCGCCCUGCCCCACCUGCGCCACAUCUGGCUCUCCUCCGAAAUGCAGGUCUGUAUUGGUCACGCCAACACCGCUGCCCCUCUCCUGGCAUCCACGCAGACGGUGAUAGACGAGGCGGCGCAGUACCGCGACUGGACCUUCCUGCACUCGAGCAACGCGCGCACCAACGUGUCGGUGCCGCACUGGGACGUGGAGGAGGCAGCGGGGCGCCACGUGGUGGUGGGCAGCAGCCUGGCAGAGCUGCUCACUGCAGCGCAGUGUGACUACUUCAUUGGGGCACUGGGGUCCAACUGGGUGAGGAUGAUCAAUGAACUGCGCUCCACCAAUGGCCGCCUGCUGCGUGGAUUCAUUGCCCUCAACAUACAAGAGUUUUGA